AUGGCUCCCAAGAUCGACCCCAACGAGGUAAAGAUCAUCUACCUCCGUGCGACUGGAGGUGAAGUUGGUGCUUCCUCAGCUCUGGCACCAAAGAUCGGUCCUCUUGGUUUGUCUCCCAAGAAGGUCGGUGAAGACAUUGCCAAAGCUACUGGAGACUGGAAGGGUCUGCGAGUCACCUGUCAAUUGACGAUCCAGAACCGUCAAGCGACCGUCACUGUCGUCCCUACCGCUUCUGCCCUUGUCAUCAAGGCUCUGAAAGAGCCCGUUCGUGACCGAAAGAAGCAGAAGAACAUCCAACACUCCGGCAACAUCUCCCUCGACGAAGUCUACAACAUCGCCCGUAAGAUGGCUCACAAAUCGUUCGCCAAGAACCUUUCAGGAGGAGUCAGGGAAAUCCUCGGAACUGCCCAAUCAGUUGGAUGCACUGUUGACGGAAGACCCCCUCACGACAUCAUCGAGGAGAUCAGGAGUGGCGAGCUCGUCGUCCCAGACGAGUAG